GGUUGAAUCCGUUGGAAACACGUCGCGGCUCCGGCGAAUCUUUACCCCUAAGCACAGCUUGUCGCAUGUGAGAAGGCAGCGUUGAGCUUGACAUCGAAGUCUACGAACGAGAUAUACGAUCUCAAUACCUCUCCAUCAUAGGAAUAGUUUAUCGAGGCGUCAAAAUGUCCGCCCUCUUCAACUUCCAAUCUCUCCUACUCGUCCUCCUGCUGCUUAUAUGCACGAGCGCAUACGUUCACCACUUUACACCAGGCAUCAUGGAUCGAAAUAAGAACGGAUUCAUGGGCAUCUUCUGGAAAUGCGCGAGGAUAGGCGAAAGACUGAGUCCAUACAUAAGUAUAUGCUGUGUCCUCAUGGCUGUUUCCAUCCUCCUCAACUAAGCACACUACCGUUAAUGUCACGUUUUUGUUUUUGAAGAUAUCACGACUGGUCAGGAGUUGGGUCGGAAGAGGUGACAGCCGGGUGGGAGUGUUGGCGCCGUUUACCAAGUGUACUAAACUUCAUAUCAAGAUGAUGAAAUAAUUUCCCCCUUUCUCUUUCGCAAAACAUACCCUGAGAGAGUCUCUGAGUAAUCCCGUCCCGGUAUAUGCUUGCGUCACACCACACGCCCAAGGCUUGUCACAC